AUGCCUUGUACACUAAGUCAAUUUUAUAGUGUAUUCAAAGGCUAUAUCCAUCGUCGAUUUUCAAAAUCAGGAAGAGUAAGGUGUUUAUUUCGAGGUGACAAUGCAUAUUCUUUGCUUAGUCAAAUCUUAAAUGAUGAGCAAUGGGGAGUUAAAUACUUUGCCAAUGAACAACGAACCUAUGUUACAUUUCAACCUCCUCGUGAAUGGGCACCGGGAUCAAUACGGAAAGAAAUCAAACCAAAAAUUAAACAAGUCGUAGUAGAUUGGUAUCAGAAAGUUAAAACUGAUAUGCAUGGACAUAUGAUUUGGGCCGGGUAUAUUAGUUUUAAAUUUUUAGUUGCAAGGGGUCAUUAUUAG